AUGAAUGAGUGCGAACGAGGUGAACAUAAAUGUGAUCGUAAUGCUAUCUGUAUCAAUCUGGAUGGUACAUUUGAAUGUCGAUGUGCUGAUGGAUACGAAGGAGAUGGACAUCUUUGUCGAAGAACUGGAGGUAAUGAUGAAAUUUAUGAGAAGCGACCGGUAAGUGGAAGCGGUUGUUUUGAUCAUCGAGAGUGUCAUCAAUGGGGAGAAUGUGUUUUUGGAAAGAACGGAGAACCAGGUUAUUGUAAGUGUCGUGGCUGGUACACAGGUGAUGGUGUACAUCACUGCGGACCACCGACAGAGACAGAAAUUAAGCAGGUGGUAAUUGAUGAUCCUCAUCGAGAACAGAUAGGACAAACAUGCGGAGGUUACAAAUGUGAUACAAAUGCUUUCUGUAACACUUCAUCAGGACACGAGCAAUGCACAUGUCAAAAUGGUUACUAUGGAAAUGGAAUUAUUUGUGUUCCGCAUUUUAGUGAUCAACGAAAGAUGAACAUUGUUACAGGAGUUGUUGGUAGUGUUGGUGAUGGCAUCGGAAAAGUUUGCCGUUCACAUGAAGAAUGUGGUGAGCAUGGUAAUUGUGUGUACAGUAAUGAAUUUAGCGCUUACCGUUGUAUUUGUGUGCCACCGUAUUUUAAUGAUGGAAUGAAAUGUGUGGAAUCAAAAGGAAAUAAUAAUUCUAGCAAUGAAUUUCUAGAAGGAGUACCAUGCAAUGUGGUUAAUAAUUGUAAUACUAAUGCUGAUUGCAUCUUUGAAAAGAAUGAUCGUGAUGAAAGUGUAUAUCGUUGUCGCUGUCGUCCAGGAUUCUCGGGAGAUGGUUAUCGAUGUACGAUGACUUCACUGGAUAAUCUUCCUGCAUAUGCUGUGUUAGGAUGUGAUCAGUUGGGUAAUUGUGAUUUAAAUGCGGUAUGUGUAUUGGAUGCAUAUACCCAUCGUCAUUACUGUCGAUGUUUGGAUGGUUUUGAUGGUGAUGGAUAUGUGUGUGAAAGUGUACCACAAAAUACCAUUCUACCAUCUUUGCUUCCGGAAACAAUAGACGGUAAAAUUUGCCGCGAAGCAAGUGACUGUCAUCAAAAUGCGCAUUGUGUUGUUCGUGAAAAUUCGUUGGACUAUUUCUGCGAAUGUUUACCCGGCUAUCGUGGUGAUGGCGUUACACGAUGUACUGCUGCAGAUGAUUGCACACCUGGUGAUGAACAUGCAUGCCAUGAGAAUGCUGCUUGUGUAUUUGGUGAAACUGAAAGAGCAUAUACCUGUAAAUGUGCACAAGGUUUUAUUGGUAAUGGACGAGAAUGUGUAGCGCAACAUGCAGUAGUAUGCAAUGAACAACCGGGAAUUUGUCAUCAAAAUGCGGAAUGUGUUUAUAGCAGAGAUGAGGGACGACAUAAAUGUGUUUGUAAACAUGGCACUGUUGGUGAUGGAUAUGAAGAUUGUCGUGAAGAAGUUGAAUUGCACCGUUGCGGUGAAUGUUCAUCGCAUGCACGAUGCGUGCACAUUGAAAUGGAUAAUUCGUGGAGAUGUCGUUGCAUGCAAGGAUACAUAGGCAAUGGAUAUUUGUGCACAUUAUACACUAAUUGUUUGGAUGAUCGAUCAGUAUGUGAUGAACAUGCGGAAUGCGUACCAAACGAAUAUGGUCAUUAUAUUUGCAACUGUCAUUAUGGAUAUCAUGGGAAUGGUCGAACCUGUACACCAGACAGUGAAAGUCGUGAUGAAGCGAUAUUUAUUUGCCGCGGUAUGACAAUAAUUCACCGAAGUAUCAAUCCUGACUCACCAGGAAAACAGCUUAUAGUGGUACCACAUCAAAUAGCCGUUGGCAUUGAUUUUGAUUGUCAGGAAGAACGAAUCAUCUGGAGUGACAUUGCUGGUCAUUCGAUUUUAUCAGCAUCAAUAAAUGGAACAGAUGAACGAAAAUUUAUGGAUUCGGUGCUGAAAAGUCCAGAAGGUGUUGCUGUUGAUUGGUCUUCACGUAAUGUUUAUUACGCGGAUUCGGUUAAGGAUGAGAUUGGCGUGGUUGGUCUUGACGGGAAAUACUAUAAAACGCUUAUCAAUGAAGGAUUAGUGAAUCCACGUGCGUUAGCUAUCGAUCUUACAGACAGAUAUUUGUACUAUUCGGAUUGGCAUCGUGAAAAUCCAGUAAUUGGACGCGUACAUUUGGAUGGAACUGGAAAUUCAGCAUUUGUAACCACAGAAGUGAACUUACCAAACGGACUUGCCAUACUUAUGGAACGACGUGAAUUAUGUUGGGUUGAUGCUGGCUUACAACAUUUGUCGUGUAUUGACUUAAAUGGACAAAAUCGUCGAAUUGUUUAUACACCACUUCAAUAUCCGUUCGGAUUAACUGUCCACAAUGAUCAACGUUUCUACUGGACUGAUUGGAGCGACAAUAAAAUUCAUUCGGUAUCUGUAAAUGGUGAUGGAUAUACGUCAUUUCCAGCAACGAUUGGUGGUUCAGGACGAUUGUACGGUCUUGUUUCGGUACCAUUACGAUGCAGUGGAGUUGCUACAGCUUGUGCAGUGAAUAAUGGUGGCUGCAAGUAUUUGUGCCUACCGGGAAAAAAAGAUGUGACUUGUGCUUGUCCGGAUAAUAUUGAUAGGUGCUGA